AGUCGCCUCCUGGUGUUCACUGAACGAACCGUGCCGUGGGGAUAUUUCCGAGCAGUAUUCGCAGAUUGCAUAUCAAGAGACGCAGAUUGCGCAUCAAGGCAUUGUACGCGUAAAAGGCUUACCAGCGAUGAUCUUUCCUGAUAAUGCACUGUGAAUGCGACAUAUGUGCUUCAAUCAAGAUGCCAACUUCUAAGUCAAGUAUCCCUCACCUCUCUUUCAAUGACCUCGGGAUGGGUGGGUCGAAGUCCGUCCACAACUGCCGCUUGAGGUCAUCGUGGAAUCUUGUUUGACUAUAUAAGACCUGUGGCCGGGAGACGAAUAACAGUCCUGUCCAUUGAGCACAAGGAUCUUGCAUACGCACCCAUCAUGAAAACUAUUGUUGCCGUCGUUGUUCUUGCACUUGCGUGCGUUGCCCACGCUGGUUACUUCGGUGGCCCUGCUGUGGUUGCCGGUCCAGCUGUGGUGGCAGCACCCGCCCUUGCUCCCGUUGUGCACCGUUAUGCUGCAGCUCCAGUCUUCGCCGCAGCACCAGUUGCCCCCGUGGUGGCGGCUGCUCCAGCUGCUGUUGUUGCUUCUCCUGCGUACGUAGCAGCUCCAGCAGCGGUGUCCUUCACCUACCAUCACCAGUACCACCCUGUAGCACAUGCCCUGCCAGUCGCACUGGGUUACUUCAAAUGAAGUCACUGAACAGCGUCUCCCGGCAGGCAUGACUGCCCGGUUACUUUCACGUCAGCAAUGAACCAACCUGCAGCUAGUCGGAACAAUGUGAAUUUUGUACAACGCGACAAUAAUGAAUCAAAAUAAAUGGGUGAUCCUGUUAUUA